CAGGCCUCAUGGAGCAAGUGCAAACUGCACCCGUGGCCUGGGGGCAGAGCAUCUUCGGGGAGACUUAAGGGUCAUGCUUUGUGCGCCAGGCCACCCAGAGGAGAAGGUCACCCUGCCCGGAGGCACAGGCCAUGUGGGGCUCUCAGGAGAUGCUACUGGUGUGGCUUCUGGUGUUGGCAGCGGGCGGCACGGAGCACGCCUACCGCCCAGGCCGUAGGGUGUGUGCCGUCGGGGCUCACGGGGACCCUGUCUCUGAGUCCUUCGUGCAGCGCGUGUACCAGCCCUUCCUCACCACCUGUGACGGGCACCGGGCCUGCAGCACCUACCGAACCAUCUAUAGGACCGCCUACCGCCGCAGCCCUGGGCUGGCCCCCGCCAGGCCUCGGUACGCAUGCUGCCCCGGCUGGAAGAGGACCAGUGGGCUUCCCGGGGCCUGUGGAGCAGCAAUAUGCCAGCCGCCGUGCCGGAACGGAGGGAGCUGCAUCCAGCCUGGCCGCUGCCGCUGCCCUGCGGGAUGGCAGGGUGACACCUGCCAGUCAGAUGUGGACGAAUGCAGUGCUGGGGGGGCCGGCUGUCCCCAGCGCUGCGUCAACACCGCCGGCAGUUACUGGUGCCAGUGUUGGGAGGGGCACAGGCUGUCUGCAGAUGGUACACACUGCGUGCCCAAGGGAGGGCCCCCCAGGGUGGCCCCCAACCUGACAGGAGUGGACAGUGCAAUGAAGGAGGAAGUGCAGAGGCUGCAGUCCAGGGUGGACCUGCUGGAGGAGAAGCUGCAGCUGGUGCUGGCCCCACUGCACAGCCUGGCCUCGCAGGCACUGGAGCACGGGCUCCCGGACCCCGGCAGCCUCCUGGUGCACUCCUUCCAGCAGCUGGGCCGUAUCGACUCCCUGAGUGAGCAGAUCUCCUUCCUGGAGGAGCAGCUGGGGUCCUGUGAGUUCCCCCCACCCUCCAGAGCCCUCCUCCCGGGUCUGCGCCCCGUUGGCCUAGAGGGACUACCCAGGCUUGGGGGUCGGGGGUGACCAAAGGCCAAGGGGUCAGAUCUGGCUGGGCGGGGAGGCUGUGGGGAGCAGUGACCUCUGACCUUAGCCUCAUCCAACCCUAGGCUCCUGCAAGAAAGACUCAUGACCGCCCGGCGCCCCAGGCCGGACUGAGCCCUUCACUCUGCCCUGCAGCCCCCAUGCCCCUGGGCGACAUGCUGGGGGUCCAGACACCACUUCGGGGUGACUGAGCCUCAGGGUGACUCAGUGGAAGGCCAGGCAGGGCCCUCUUCCUCUUCCUCCUCCCCUUCCUCAGGAGGCUCCCAGGGCUCUGGCAUGGGGUGGGCUGGGGUCUUCUGUGUCAAUCCAUCCCUAGCCAGCCCAACGGCAUCCCAAGGCCAGGUGGGCCCUCAGCCAAGGGAAGGUACGAGCUCACGGACUCUCUGCUGGAGACUGGGACCCGUGGCACAGGCCAGGCAGCCUGGAGGCUGGGUGGGGCUUCAGUGGGGGCUGCUGCCUGACCCCCAGCAGAAUAAAAAUGAAAUGUGA